CCGUAAGGCUUUGGCUGCAGCACUGUCUGCCUGAAGCUCUCAUCUCUUCACCCCACCAUCCCGGGACACCUCCUGCCACCUCUGCAGCCCCAAGCUCGGCAGCAUCAUGUCGCUCGCACACACUGCCGCAGAGUACAUGCUCUCUGAUGCUCUGCUGCCCGACCGCAGGGGCUCCCGCCUCAAAGGCCUGCGCCUGGAACUGCCCCUGGACAGGAUGGUCAAGUUCGUGGCUGUAGGCUUUCCCUUGUUGCUGAUGUCCCUGGCAUUCGCCCAGGAGUUCUCCUCUGGGUCUCCGAUGAGCUGCUUCGCUCCCAGUAACUUCAGCGUGCAGCAGGCUGCUUAUGUGGACAGUUCCUGUUGGGACUCACUGGUUCACCACGAACAGGACGAGGCUGGCCAAUACAAGACAAAAUCUCUCUGGCCCCACAAGGCCCUCCCCUACUCCCUGAUGGGCCUGGCUGUGGCCAUGUACCUGCCGGUGCUGCUGUGGCAGUGUGCAGCUGUGCCAGCCCUCAGCUCGGACCUGCUAUUCAUCAUCAGUGAGCUGGACAAAUCCUACAACCGCUCCAUCCGUCUGGUGCAGCACAUGCUGAAGAUCCGGCAGAAGAGCUCUGACCCACAUGUCUUCUGGGAUGAGCUAGAGAAGGCCCGGAAAGAACGAUACUUUGAAUUUCCCUUGCUAGAGCGGUACCUGGCAUGUAAGCAGCGCUCACAUUCACUAGUGGCCGCCUACCUCCUAAAGAACUCCCUCUUGCUCCUCUUCACGUCAGCCACUUACCUGUACCUUGGUCACUUCCAUCUGAGUAUCUUCUUCCAAGAAGAAUUCAGUUGCUCCAUCAAGACAGGGAUGCUGCAUGAUGAAACCCAUGUCCCUGAUCUGUUCACAUGCAGGCUGACCUCCCUGUCUGUUUUCCAGAUUGUUAGCCUCUCCAGUGUGGCAGUAUACACCCUAUUGGUUCCAGUGAUAAUAUACAACCUCACACGACUAUGUCGGUGGGACAAACGCCUCCUAUCCAUCUAUGAGAUGCUCCCAGCUUUUGAUCUUCUCAGCAGAAAGAUGCUCGGAUGCCCCAUCAAUGACCUCAAUGUGAUUCUUCUUUUCCUCCGAGCCAACAUCUCUGAGCUCAUCUCUUUUAGCUGGCUGAGUGUCUUAUGUGUGCUGAAGGACACAACCACUCAGAAGCACAACAUUGACACAGUGGUUGACUUCAUGACUUUAUUGGCUGGCUUAGAACCCUCAAAACCUAAACAUCUCACCCAACGAGUAUGUGAUGAACACCCAUAGUUAAGAAAGAAACUGUGGAGUAAGACAUUUUGUGCAAAGUAAGUCUCUCACCAUCUUCACAAGCCACACAUAGUAAUACACAAAAAUACUCACUUCAGAAUUGCCAAACUUGGAUUUAGAUGAGCUAUAUAUUCCACACUUGUAAGAAGAUAUAACUAAGACAUGGAAAUAAAUAUGAAACCUGGAAUACAAGUCAAGGAACUAAACUAAACUAAAUGUCUGGAACAUUUUACAAGGGUAUUAAAAAUAAACAGAAAUAAAGUCUAGGAAUUCUGUAAGAAAAGAGGGUUAUAAAGGCUGUUUAUACAGGCAGGUUUUCACUACAUUCAACUCAUGGCCCUUCUAUGGUAUAUACUUAGCUUACCUCAAAGAGCAAGUGAGCAACAUGGUGAGAAAUUAAUAGAUGUUAAAUCCCUGGAAAUCCUUUGGUAUGAACUGAAAUCCUAAAAAUUUGCCCAAUUUUGCUUUGUGGAAGUCAUCAGUCUUGCCAGGCCCUGUGUGACCUGCCAAAUGAGUGAGGAGAUAAUGAUGGCUUCCACCUGUAGUCUGCUCUUGGGGUUUGAAAACAGAGGCAAGUGCCAUGCAGUGCCAUAAGUGAAGUCUUGAGGUAUCCAGGUAUACUUUUCAUCAUCUAAAUCCAGGUAUACUUUUCAUCAUCUAAACCAAAGACUCAUUUCACUAAAAGCUGGGAUUAUGGGCCAUGGGCUCCUUCAUAACUUUUAAUGAGCCCAAGGAUGUUUUAAUACCUCAGGGGACUCUAUACCUUCCUUACAGCCAGUCACUGGAUAGCAAUCACUUAGAACUAAAACAAAUACACAAAAAAGGUGCUCACUAAGUGCUAGUGAGCCCCUUCCUUCAGUCUUUCCCCUCAUUUAUCAUUUCAUCCUUACAGCAAACUCCCAACCUUAUACCUGGAGCACUGAUCUGAUUCCAAAAAUAUGGUCAGCCCACAAUACCACGCUGUCUUACAUUUUAUAUUUCUUUUUAAAGCUACCCAUUAUGCACUUCUCGGGAGAAUUGUUUGCAUAGGCCAUUUAGACCCCUCUACGUAUAAAUUAGUAGAAAAGUUAUGUUGCUUCUGCCAAAUUCAGAUGUUUGCCUAAAAACAAGCAAUAAGCUCAUAUAUCAAUACUCAUAAACGACUUUUAUUGCCAAUAAAAGUCCAACUCGUCAGUUGGUACAGAAGCCCUUUCAAGACCUAAGCCCUGCUCAAAACUUGUCCCUCCUCUUGCUUCCCUCCACACACAGCUUUCCCUUUAAUCAAUGACCUGCAGUUCCCAUGCUUCUCAUGACGCUAAACAUUGGAAGAAGCUGUCUGCCUGCCUAGCAUGCUCUCCUCCGGGUCAAUUGUUAUCUCUCCUUGCAAGCAUACUCAGGCAUAUUUCCUUCAAGCAGCUUUCCUAUUUCCUACCCCGUUCCCUAACUGGGUACUCCCAUAGCAAGUAAAACCUACCUCUGAAAU